ACUACGGUGCAAUGCUAAGGGAAUGCAUAUGCCAUCAGGCUGUUGCAAGGUAUGUCUUGGAAUCAGAGUAUAUGAAGAAGUUUUUUGAUUUUAUUCAACUGCCAAAUUUUGAUAUUGCUGCUGAUGCUGCUGCAACUUUUAAGGAGCUUUGUACGAGGCACAAAUCAACAGUAGCUGAAUUCCUUUCUAAGAACUAUGACUGGUUCUUUGCAGAGUACAAUUCGAAGCUGCUAGAACCUCCCAAUUACAUUACCAGACGCCAAGCUAUCAAGCUGUUGGGUGACAUGUUAUUGGAUCGCUCAAAUUCCGCUGUUAUGACGAAAUAUGUGAGUUCGAAGGACAAUCUGAGGAUUGAGGAUUCUGAUGAACCUGCUCAGAGUAACCUUUAAUGAAUGCCGCAGUAAUUUCCCUAAAUUGCAUUGGCACAGAAGAGAUUACAAUGUUUUGGUUAUUAUUAUGGUCUAAAUAAUUACUUAAAUAGAGAGCUCACAUGUAUACACUUGAAAUUUUGAGAAUUCGCGUUAUGAUAAUGCCUACCUUGUUCCAACUCAUAGUU